AAAAACAAAGAAAUAUUUAUAAAGAUAAUCUAACGAUAAACGAGCUAUGUGUUUUAAUUUGUAGAUAAAUAUAUUAUUAUAAAUUUUUUGUGACAUUGCUGUUUGUUGUGACAUUUGGUUUGAUGUUUAUUACUGUAUUGUUUAUUAUAAAUAUUUAAUAUCAAAACAAUAUUGUUAUAUUGAAAAAAAUAAUCAAAGAGCUAUAAGGAAUACCUAUUUAAAAUGAUGCCCAAUAGAGUUGGACAUCUACCCAUUGCAGCUGAGAAUCCCUUAGGACUGUCGUGGCACGAUUCAGCAUGGAUUCCUUCAUUGAAUCCUUCAAAUAUAAUGGAUUACUUUUCUGAGAGAUCAAAUCCAUUUUUUGAUCGCACAUGCAACAAUGAAGUUGUUAAGAUGCAGCGUCUUAGCAUGGAUCAGUUACAGAAUAUGACGGGCUUGGAAUACAUUUUACUACAUGUUCAAGAGCCUAUUUUGUAUGUAAUUCGUAAGCAACACAGACAUGGUCCUAUGCAAACAGUUCCUCUGGCAGACUAUUAUAUUAUAGCUGGAAUAGUAUAUCAGGCCCCUGACUUAGCCAGUGUAUUGAAUUCAAGAUUGCUAUCUGCAGUUCAUCAUUUACAAUGUUCUUUUGAAGAAACGAUGUCAUUUUCAAAAUAUCAUCCCAGCAAAGGUUAUUGGUGGGACUUUAAAGCAAAUAAACCAGGAAUGAGCCCCUUUAACAUUGGACAAUCAGCACCAAAAGAAACUUCAAGUACACCAAAAGAAGAACCUUCUACUCUGUUUCAACGGCAGAGAGUAGAUAUGUUGCUUGCCGAAUUAGUGAGGCAGUUCCCACUACCAAUCAUACCUGCAGCAUCUAGUCAGGAAAAUGGUGUAAAAGUUAAAUCGGAAAAUGAAAAAGAUAAAUCAGCUGAGGGAACCAAUUUAAAUAAUAUAACUAUAAAGCAAGAACCUAUAGAGCAGUCUGAAUUAACAAAUGGUAAUAUAGCAGGACAUUUAGAGAUUAAACAGGAAAUAAAGCAGGAGAAUAUGAAACCACCUCCAGAGAAAAAGCCUAGGAAUAUGUAAUUUAAAUAUACCAUUAACUUUUGAA